AUAUGAGCAUCAUAACAAAAUGAACUGUCAUUUCCCUCCCAUACACACAUUCACCAUUUAUACGAUGCAAUCGCAUUAGUAAACAAUUUCAUGCCAGAAAACAAAUGAAUUUGCCUUUUUAGUGAGCGUGCAUUUAAUUUUAUUUUGUAUUUUUUGUUGGUUUUUAAAGUGAAUUGAUUUUUUGAGUGGAAAUAAUGUCGAAUUCACCGGCAAAGCAUAAGUCCAGUAGUCAUCAUCAUCAUCGGGACCAUCAUCAUGCAUCGAGCACGGGUGCUACAACACCAAAACCAAUGAUAACUUUGUCAUUUAUAAAAAUUCAAGAUAAUCCAAAAGUUCUACCGAAAUAUGCUGCUGCGGUAAGUAAUGAUUGUUUGCCCAUGGACGAUUUGGAUGCGAUUCAAAUGGAGUUGGAAAUUUUACUAUCGUCCGUUUCGUUGCGAUAUCGUGCAUUAAAAACUGAUUUUGAUUACUUGGAAGAUCGUAAGCAUCAAAAGAAAAAUGCAAACAAAGACAAGGAAUCGAAUGCGAGCAAAUCACGAAAACGUGACGAGAAAAAGUCAAAAGUUUCAAGCCGUCACGGUCAUACAAAACAUUCAAAAAUCAAAAGCAAUUCAUCAAAUUCACCGGCACAUUUACAGCCAAAUGAAAAUCAUCAUACCGAUGUUUUACCAACACCAAGUGCUGGCUCAUCGCAACCAAAUCCAAAAUUACUAUUUCCGAAAAACGAUAUACCAAAUAAAUUUUGGUUUUCCGUUGAACCAUACUGUAUGCCAAUCACACAAGAGGAUGUAAAAUUUUUGGAAAAUUUACUCGACGAAUAUAAUGAACCAUUAGUGCCUCCAAUACCUGAGCUCGGUACCCAUUAUGCACUUCGUUGGACGGCAGACGAUUUACGCGAUGAACAUGAUAAAUCGACCAAGCGAUUGUCGGCCGCAUCAAAUGAUGUAACGAAAAAGAGCGGCGAUAAAAUAAUCGACCAGGGUGUAUGUGGCCCAUUAACACAACGAUUGGUAUCGGGUUUGUUUGAAGAACAACAUUCCGGCAUGCACAGCGAUAUGGAUGUUCAAGAUAGCAAUGACAGUUGCACCGAAAAUAAUUCAUCAUCAGCAAAUCGUGCAUCGUCCAUAUCAUCAUUGCUUAAAAGUGGCAUUGAUGUUGAGAAACGAUUGAAGAGAGAACUUUUUGAUUUGGGCAUUUUUGAUGCAAGCGAUUUUGCAAAAGAAAAAGAAGACGAAGUACUGAAUGAGAUAAAACGUGUUCGCACUGAAUUACAAGCAAUUUCAGAAUUUAAUCGAGAUGAAUUGAAACAAUUGCGAACGGUGGCCAAGGAUGAAAUAAAGCGAUUGGAACUUAAACGCAAACUUGACCGAGUCGAUCAAGAGGUCAUUAAAGCUUAUGAACGAGCAUCGGCCGCUAAACAAAAACGACGACCUCUAACAAAACAUGAACGUAACGAAAUUUUCCGUUUAGUUGAAGAACAGAAACGACUUUCAGAUCAAUUGGAGCAAUUGCCAAUGCCUGGAUUUAACUUCAAUUUAUCCGUUGCAUCUACUGCAUCAGCAAAACAUCCAUCUGCACCGAAUACACCAAGAACAUAAACACACAUUUGCCUUAUCUCAUCUUCUUUAUCACCAUCAUCAUUAUCAUUAGAUUCUUUUAACUGCAAUCAAAUGUCUACUUGCAAUGGAUGUUCUUAUUGAGAUGCAAUAUAUUUCUGAUGUCUCCACUUUAUUGAGAAAAAAAGUAAAAGUCUCUUAUCAUUGUAAGAUAUAUUCACUUCUUCUAUAUACACAAACAUAAUUAAUUUUUUUUAUCGUGGAGCCGGAGCUAAAGGUACAAAAAAACCGAACAAAAUACACAUUCACACAUAUUUUUGUGAUUUUAUGUAUACACAACCGCUUUACUAUGGAUCAAUAAAAAAAUUAGAAACAAUUA